AUGCCCUUCACGAACUGGCUUUGGCGAGCCAUCAUCGCUUAUUCCCUAUCUGAUGGCGCGUUUGUUAUCCCAGACACGAUACCUUAUGGAGAAAUAUACUUUCUUACCAAGGGACACUAUGUUGGCACAGGAGCGACAUCAUUUGUGGACAGACUCGAAUCUGGCCAUAUUAUCAAAUACCCUAAACCGAAUCCAUACUGCCCCGAGGAAGAAAAUCUAUGCCGCCAGCAGAUGGAGAUUGAGGCAGAAGCUUAUAAACGCAUUGGCGAUAGUCCGCGUGUUCCGAAACUGAUUCACUGGGAUGCUAGCGAAUGCUCCCUCGUCUUGGAAUUUCUUGCAGAGGGCGACCUGCCAUCAUACCUCGAGCGGUGCAACAACCAGGCAGUCACGGCCGAACAGAGACGAGUCUGGAUGAAGCAUGCUGCGGAGGCGGUGGCUGUAGUGCAUUCGGCGACAAUAAUCCAUUGUGACGUGACUCCCCGCAACUUUCUUCUGAAUGAGGCUCUUGAGUUGCAUUUAGCCGACUUUGCAGGUUCUUCCGUUGCUGGCUCCCGACCCUCCAUCACAACCAGCGCCCGGUUCCAGCGACCAGGAUGGAGCUGGGAACCGGCAUACGCGGACGACCUCUUCGCGCUGGGCUCUGUGCUGUAUUAUAUUCAGACUGGCCGCGAACCGUACCAUGACAUUCCUGAAAACGAGGUGCGGGAUCUUUUUCAGGCAGCAGCUUUCCCCGAUGUCUCUACGCUAGACUACGGGAGCGUUAUUCGUAAAUGUUGGACUGGAGAGUUUGGUAAUGCAGAGCAGAUUAUCGACGCUUUAUAA